AUGGUUAAAAAUCGAACCACUGGCAAACGAUACAUGAGAGCAAUAGAAGCUGGAUUACAUGUAAUUGGGAGGCGAGUAGGUUUUGCAAACAAUGUGCAAGUAAUCUGGCUUAUAGAAUGCUUCGAUGAAAGAGUACGAGCAUAUUCUGAUCUUCUUAGGAGAGAAGCGAAAGGCAUAACUGAUUUUACUCUCCGUCUCAGUUAUCAACAUGGCCGACCAUUCGACAUUAUACUUGAUGAAAAUCAACUCUAUCGGAACUUUCAACCAAUAUAUCAGUAA